UUCGUUUAGCUCAUUUUAUGGCAGUUUACAGUGAUCGGGGCACUCCGGCUUCAUUUAAAGUUCCUGCAGGUGCUGUAAUUCCUUUUGGAUCAAUGGAAUCAGCUCUCAAGCAAAGUGUCUCUCUAGAUAGCUUCCUCUCUCUCUUAGAAGCCAUAGAAACAGCAAAACCUGAUGGGGGCGAGCUCGAUCACCUGUGCUCUGACCUCCAGACAUUGAUAUCAGCUCAAGUUCCAUCUCAAGCAACCAUUGAAGCCAUUGGCAGAAUUUUUCCAGCUAAUGCCCGGCUUAUAGUAAGAUCAAGUGCCAAUGUUGAAGAUCUUGCUGGAAUGUCAGCUGCUGGACUCUACGAUUCUAUCCCAAAUGUCAGAACCUUGAGCCCGACAAUCUUCGGAGCUGCAGUAGGCCGUGUAUGGGCUUCCUUGUAUACAAGGCGAGCUGUUUUGAGUCGUCGAGCUGCCGGUGUUCCUCAAAAGGAGGCUCAGAUGGCUGUUUUGGUGCAGCAGAUGCUCUCUCCUAAUCUAUCUUUUGUGUUGCACACUGUGAACCCACUGGAGCAUGACCCCAGGCAUGUUAUGAUUGAGAUUGCAUCAGGUUUAGGGGAAACUCUAGCUUCAGGAACUCGUGGUGUUCCGUGGAGGCUAUCCUCUGACAAGUUUGACGGCAAAGUUGAUACAAUAGCUUUCGCAAACUUCAGCGAAGAGCUAUUAGUGCUUGAUUCUGGGCCUGCAGAUGGAGAAGUUGCCCGUUUUGUUGUGGAUUACAGUAAGAAGCCAUUAACAAUCGAUCCUAUCUACAGAAGGCAGUUGGGGCAACGCCUUUGUGCUGUUGGGUUCUUUCUUGAGCAGAAAUUUGGCUGCCCACAGGACGUUGAGGGCUGUGUUGUAGGGAAUGACAUCUUCAUAGUUCAGACAAGGCCUCAGCCUUGAAAAGUAAUUUGAGUUCCUUCGUGAGGCGAAGUUAUGGAAAUAAAAAGGACAGCGUGCACUGAUUAUGUUA